UAAUCAUCUGAACAACAGACGAUGACACGAUGACGAUUUUUUGAUAUAUCAACAGAAAACAACAAAAAACGCAAAAAAACGAAAAAUAUUCGCCGGUUUCGGUAUUCUGUGCAAAAAUGCUGAAACUUCAAACCCUUCGAGGCAUUGCUUCAACGUAUACCGGGACGAUUCGUACACCCCCAACAGCCGUAACAUCCAAUCGAAACUUAUGGGGAUGGAUUAACAUGAUGUUCAAUCGGGUGGACACUGCCCGACUCAAAGCGGUCGGCCCGGACCGUUUAUGCGCUGAAUGGCUAUUACGAAACGGCGCCAGAGCAAAGUUUGUUAACGUACAACACGAGCAAGUCAACUACAACCUACUGCCAAACGAAAAUGUUCCGGUGUUGAUAGAAGAGUUCGAUGGAACAGAUUCCGGGAUUAUGCACAUUGGAUUCGAUCACCUCAAGAACCUGACCCGCCUUAGAAAGAUUAGGCUGCAUAAUUGUGUCUACCUGGAGGAUCAGGCCUUGACCAAGCUUCGCUUCGUUGCGCAAACGCUGGAAGUGCUUGAAGUCUCAAAUUGCAAGAACGUAACUGAUUAUGGCUUGCUUGCUUUGAGGGACUUGAAAAAAUUGAAACAACUCAGUACACAUAACUUGCCAUAUGUAAAAAAUAUUCAAAAAGUUGAAGAGGAAUUAAGAAAAGCUCUUCCAGAAUGUAACAUGGAUCUGAAACCGUGAAAUAAUUAUUAACUAAAAUAUUUGGAUUUGCCUUAACUACAUCAUUGUCUAGUCAUUUCGAGAAGCAACAAAAAAAAUGUUAUAGGUACUCAAUAAAACUUUUUUCCCUACUAAACAAUAA